AUUUCCAAAAAUAAAAAUAUAGAGUCAGAUAGUAUUAGUAAUAGUAACAACAACAGUAAAAUAAUAGAGAAAAAAGGAACCACUGCUGCAAUAACCACUACCACCAAUAAAGUCAAAAGUAAUAGUAAUAAUAGCAACAGUAGUAGUAAUGGAAAAGGUAUAGACGAAGCUCCAUAUGGUUCGAAUAAUAAUGAAAGUAGUAGUGAUAAUGAAAACAAUAAUAAUGUAAAUAAUAAUAAUAAUAAUAAUAAUAAUAAUAACAAUGCAAAUGGAAAUAAAAAGAAUAGUGGUGCCAAUAGUAAUAGGGAUUCUGGUAAAAAAGAUAAUGAGGAUAGUGAUGAGGAGGAAGCUGUUGAUGAAUUUUUAUUAUGUGCAAUUUGUGAUAAUAUGAUUAAAGAACCAUUCAUUACAAAAUGUGGACACUCUUUUUGCUAUCAAUGUAUUACACAGCAUUUAACAAAUUCAAAAACAUGCCCAUUUUGUAUGAUGUUUUUAACUAGAGAACAAAUAUUCCCAAAUUUCGCAUUGAAUAGUUUUGUACAAAAAGUUGGAAUUAAAACCAAUUUAUUACCAUCACCAAGUUUUAAGCAAUUAAGAAAUACAUUAACAAAUGAAAAAUUUUCAUUACAAGAUAUUAAUUUAAUGGUAAAUACUUUAUUGGAAAAGAAAAAAAGUUUAGAGUUACAAGAUCAACAAGUUGAAUUUGAUAUAUUAUUAGAUUUUUUACAAAAAACCAAAUCUCAAAAGAUGGAAGAUUUUAAACAAUUAAAAAGGCAAAUUGAUUAUUUAGAAAAUGAUAUUAAAGCAAUCGAACAUCAAAAAGAUAUCUCAGAUACAAACGAUUCAUCAACAACAACCACCAUAACAACCAUAACCACGAAUAAUAUUAAUAAGAAUAAUAAUACAGAAGAAUCAAUAUCGAUAAAUAAUAGUACCCAAAAUAAUAAUUUAUUAGCAAAUAAAAAAAGAAGAGUAGAAAUUCAUUUGGAGGAUUUACAGGCAUGUUAUUUUUCAGCUUAUAAUGAUUCGGAUAAUGAUUCACACGAGAUUAGAUCACCAUCAGUAAAUAAAACAACACCUAGUUCAGCUCCAUUGACUAUAACAUCAUCAUCAUCGUCAUCAUCAUCAUCAUCAUCAUCAUCGUCAACAUCAUCAACUAUAACCACCAUAAUGAAUGGAUCAGUUAUUAAUGGUAGUAGUGGUGCCAAUUCAAUUAUACCAUACACAAAUAUUAAUAGUGAUAUCGAACAAUUAAAGGUUGGAAGGGGAUUAUUAAAUUUUUCAAAGAAUCUUUUAAAGUUUACUAGAUUUAAUGAAUUUAAAGUUAUAGCUACAUUAAAAUAUGGGGAUUUAUUUAAUACAUCAUCUAUAGUUAGCUCAAUCGAGUUUGAUAGGGAUCAAGAAUUUUUUGCAACAGCAGGUGUAACUAAAAAGAUUAAAGUGUUUGAGUUUAGCCAAAUUCGUGACAAUGUAGAUGUUCAUACACCAGUCAGAGAAAUGAUAUGCAGGUCAAAGAUUAGCUGUCUUAGUUGGAAUACCUAUAUUAAAUCUCAAAUUGCCUCAAGUGACUAUGAAGGUAUCAUCUCAUUGUGGGAUUCAAAUACUGGACAAAGUAUAAUGACAUUUGAAGAGCACGAAAAAAGGGUGUGGAGUGUGGACUUUUCUCGUACCGAUCCAACUCAAUUGGCAUCAGGAUCUGAUGAUACCAAAGUUAAACUCUGGUCAACAAAUACCGAUCAUGCUAUUACAACCAUCGAAAGUAAAGCUAAUAUUUGUUGCGUUAAAUUUAAUCCAUCCUCUUCAAAUCUUAUUGCUUUUGGUUCUGCAGACCAUCAUAUCCAUUAUUACGAUUUAAGACAAUACAAAGAUCCAUUAGUAGUAUUCAAAGGUCAUAGAAAAGCUGUUAGCUAUGUUAAAUUUAUGAACAAGGAUGAAUUAAUUUCAGCAUCAACCGAUAGUACCCUUAAAUUGUGGAAUGUAAAUUCAAAUGAAUGUAUUAGAACAUUUACAGGACAUUCAAAUGAAAAGAACUUUGUUGGAUUAACCGUUAAUGGUGAUUAUAUUUGUUGUGGUAGUGAAAAUAAUGGUGUAUAUACAUAUUAUAAAACUUUAUCAAAACCAAUUGUAACUCAUAAAUUUGGUGCAAAUUCUGGAACUGGAGACGAAACCGAUGAAGAUGGCUCUCAAUUUGUAAGUUCUGUAUGCUGGAAAAAAGAUUCAAAUAUACUAUUAGCUGCGAAUAGUCAAGGAAAUAUUAAAAUUUUAGAAUUACAAUAAACAAAAUAAAUAAAUAAAAAUCAUUCAUUAAUGAAAAUAUUACGAUCAAAAUAAAAAUUUUCUCUGAUUGUUUAUUUCAUUCUGUUUUUUUUUUUGUGAAAUAAU